GCAUGCCGAGUACUCUUCCUUUCCGGCAACUAGCUAGUUUGUUCAUUGCAGCUAGCCGUCUGUACUGGCAUGCAUUCGAGAGAAAGGUACGAGUGACCUCACAGCUAUAAUGUGACAACCACAUGCACCCACACGAAUCAUGGCCAAAUUGACAGCUGAGGCGUAAACGUCAAUAUUGCUAGCUGAUCAUCAUAUAUCAUUGCCAAUACCAGGGACCAGCCGAAAGUCCUUGCAUGUCUUUGAACUCAAGCAAAAUAGAUCAUAUUCUUUCUCAUCAAAAGCACCAAGAAAAAGAGAAGAAGAAGAAUGCUCUCAGCAUGCACCAACCACCUCUUAACCCAGCCCAUGUGGCUUCUUCUUUUCUCAUCCCUUGGAUUUAUCUCCUUCCUCAAAACCUCAACCCUUCUUCUCAACUGGGUGUAUGCAACGUUUCUCAGACCAAAAAGGGAUCUCAAAGACUAUGGCUCCUGGGCUGUCAUCACUGGAGCUACAGACGGUAUAGGGAAAGCCUUUGCUCAUCAACUAGCUCAAAAGGGUCUAAACCUUAUAUUAGUGAGUAGAAACCCCAACAAGCUCAAAACAGUCUCGAGUGAAAUCCUAGCAGAACAUCCAGGCACCAAGAUUAAGACAGUGGUGUUUGAUUUUUCAAGCAAAGUUUCCACUCGUACUAUCCAAGGAGUUAUGGAAAAGGCCGUAGAGGGACUAAAUGUUGGUUUGUUGAUAAAUAACGUGGGAAUCACAUACCCCGCAGCCAGGUUUUUCCACGAGGUGGAUGAGAAAGUUUGGAUGGACAUUGUUAGAGUGAAUUUGGAGGGCACUAGUAGAGUUACUAGAGCAGUUUUACCAGGGAUGAUUCAGAGGAAAAGAGGGGCCAUUGUUAAUAUUGGCUCUGGAGCUUCUAGUGUCAUGCCUUCACAUCCCCUCUUCACAAUCUAUGCUGCUACCAAAGCAUAUGUUGACCAGUUAUCGAGAUGUCUGUACGUGGAGUACAAACGUUAUGGAAUCCAUGUGCAGUGUCAGGUCAAUUUUGGGAUAGAAAACAUGUGAAUUGAGACUUCUCUAUGUUUGGCACAAUUGUUUGGAAUCAUUUUCCUUGCAAUUUUUUAACAUUUGGAACUCGAGAUAGGCCAACCAAGACAAUUUAUAGGUCGUAGGGAUUCCUUGUCUAGUUCGGACUCUAUAUUUCGACUCGCUCUUUAGGCUAAACAACAAAACUGGAUUCUUUUAUCUUCAUAAGAAUUUGAAGCAUAUAUCUCAGCUUUUCAAAAAGAUAGAAAACCUAUGAAACGAAGUUGUAUAACUCCUGUUAUAAUCCAAAAACCAAUCAGUGCUCAGGCUUGUUUAGGACAGAUCAACUAGUGCUUGAAUUCUAAGCUCACUCCAUUGUUUGCCUCCUCAUAUGAUCCCAAAUCAUCAUACACCAGUAGUUAAAUACCUUUAUGGAAAACUUGAGAUGUCCUCUAAAACUUUGUUGAAGACCACAUUUUAAGAUAGUAACUCCUUCUAUAGCAAAAAUAUUGAAACAUCUCUUAAGGUCAUCCAUUCACCUAUUUGUACCUACAUCUAAAGAUGAGAAACAAGUAAAUUACACCAAAAAUAAACUAAAAAUAAGAAUAAAACACUAGAUUAGGCUAAGAGUAUAUGUGAAAUUAAGCGCCAAGAAUAUGUGUAUCAGUUUUUUACUAACUGAAUUCCCUACGGUCAAUUAAAUAUUAAUAUUUUUAAUUUGUCUAUU